AUGAAUUUCUAUAAUCAUCGCAAUUCAGGUCCAAAGACAACAAAAUAUAUAGCCAACGAUAAUAAUAAGGAGUGGCGGAAAGAUACAUCGGAAAAAUGUUCCGAGACAAUACAACAAGCAGCAACAAGUGACGAAAGAGAUUCAUCCGCACUUUCUGUUAUAGUCAACUAUAGUGACUUGGCAUUGACAAGAUAUGGAACGAGGCAAUGCGAAAAUAACGGUCCCACAAGGGGUGAAGGUGCAGUGGUUGGAUUACUGAUUGGUGUUCAACGAAGUUGUUCAUUCCGUAUAAAGAGGUCUUACCUGUCAUUUUGUAGCGGUUUGAAAUUAUUCCCAUGGGAACAGAGAGUGGCAAUUGUUUUUUCGUUGCCAUCAUAA